GACCGGACCCAGACUUCUUGAGAAGAACUGUUCCCCCUUUCUUUUCCACGAUCUGAGAGAGAUGGAUUGAACUCCCUCUCAGAUCGCGGCUGUCUUAGCAAUUUCAAUCUUCAGUCUCCUGUUCGAUCAGCACUUCCCAUACUUGAAUUUGCUAUACUUUCAGCGUUCCUUUUUCUACAAUUUUCCCUCCGUGGGGACCGACAAUAAUUUCCGACUUCUGAUAUUACUUCUGGUGCGCUCUUCUGGGCGGGAAGAUAAUAGAGAUAAAUAACCAUAUUUCCAUUACCGACUCAUGCAUAAUUGAGGCGGGUGCAAAGUGAGCAUCGUUGAGAAGGGAAUGGCGAAGUUCAGGGAUAGGACUGAAGAUUUUAAAGAUGUUGUGCGGCACUGUGCUAUUUCUUUAGAGUAUAACGAGUCCAAGUUGGCGGCUAUUCUGGCAUCUUUCAUCAUUCAAAAACCUCGGCAAAGGUCACCUUUUAUCAAAGCUGCCCUAAAAACGCUUGAAAGCAUUGGUGCUCUUGAAGAGUUUAUGUUGAAACAUCAAAAGGACUAUGUGGAUAUGUAUCGUACGACAGAUCAAGAGAGAGACAAUAUUGAACACGAGGUAACUGCCUUCAUCAAAGCAUGCCAAGAACAACUUGAUAUCCUAAAAAACAACAUAAAUGAGGAUGAUGCUCACUCAAAGGGAUGGCUUGGUUCUAGGACUGAUGAUUCUAAUGCUGAUACUAUUGCACACAAACAUGGGGUGGUCCUAAUUUUGAGUGAGAAACUUCAUUCGGUAACAUCACAAUUUGAUAAGCUAAGAGCCAUUCGGUUUCAAGAUAUCAUAAGCAAAGCAGUACCACGAAGAAAACCAAACCAAAUAAAUAAACCACGCUCUGCCAAUACCUUUGCCUAUAAUGGUACAGAGCUGAGGGAACCUGAUAAUUUUGAGCAUCAACCUGUCCGAGCCCAACAGCAACUGUUGGAUGAUGAAACUCGUGCACUUCAGGUUGAGUUGACUAGUCUUCUUGACGCAGUCCAGGAAACAGAAACUAAGAUGGUAGAGAUGUCUGCUUUAAAUCACCUUAUGUCUACACACGUUUUGCAGCAAGCACAACAAAUUGAAUUUCUUUAUGAACAGGCUGUUGAAGCUACGAAGAACGUCGAGCUUGGUAAUAAAGAACUUUCCCAAGCAAUUCAGCGGAAUAGCAGCAGCAGAACCUUCCUUCUUCUAUUUCUGUUUGUGCUCACCUUUUCAAUUAUCUUUCUUGAUUGGUAUAGCUGAUGGGAUUGGGUGUUGUACCACAUUUAUGUUAUACAUUUCAUAUAGAAGCAAGAAAAAGAUGAAAUCACCAAGGAAAUUUAGACCACAUUUUUGUUACUGCAA